GUCACCAGCUUAUACCAGUGCAGAAAGCAAAAGCCAUUAAUAAAGAGAACAAAAUCAUAUACUAAAGAAACCAAAAUAGAGAAUAUAUAAAAGCAAAAAGAGAUUAUAAGAGCAACACUUCAUCUAUAUUCCUUAUUUCUUCAACACUCUCCCAUUGUUACACUACAAAAUUCAACCAUAUAGAUUUCUAUACAAUCAAAUCCUUUAAUUAACAAUACAAUGCUAUUACUAUUUACUCAAAUCCUUCUCUCAUUACUCAUAGUCACAACAAAAUCUCAAUCAACCUUAUGCAGAACUUCCUGUGGCAACAUUCCAAUCAAAUAUCCAUUCAGCAUUGAUGAUGGUUGUGGAAGUCCAUACUACAGACACAUUCUCGCAUGUUCCGACUCCGAAACAAAACUCGAACUCCGAACACCUUCCGGCCGAUACGAAGUCCGUAACAUAUCCUACGAUAAUCCUCACAUUGUUGUCACUGAUUCAUUCAUGUGGAAAUGCGAGGACGGCGAGAAUUUCCGACCGACGCGACCCUUUAGUUUAGACACUAGCACAAAGCUGAAACUCUCUAAGCAAAAUGAGUACAUGUUUUUCAACUGUAGUGAAGAGCAUGUGAUUAUUCAACCAAAGCCUGUGUUUUGUGAACAUUUCCCUGAACACUGUGACUCAUCAUGUGACAGUGCUAGUUAUCUGUGUAGACAUUUACCAGGGUGUUCUUUUUCUCUUACAAGUAGUUCUUGUUGUUCUUAUUAUCCAAAAGCAAGUGAAUCUUUGAGAUUGAUGCUUAAGUAUUGUACUAGCUAUGCUAGUGUUUAUUGGAGAGAUGUUGGUAUUCCUCAGCCUUAUGAUCAAGUGCCUGAAUAUGGGAUUAGAGUUGAUUUUGAUAUACCGGUUACUACUCGGUGUCUUAUGUGUCAGGAUGAAUUGAAAGGUGGUGGAACUUGUGGAUUUGAUACUGUGACUCAGAGUUUUGUGUGUUUGUGUAAAGAUGGAAACUCUACUACUCAUUGUAAAGAUCAUGAAAUUGCGCAGCAUAAUAGGAAGGUUCAUGUAAUAGCAGGGACAGUUACUGGAUUAUCUGCUGCAGGAGCAGUUGGAAUUGGAGCUGGAAUUUGGUACUUGAAAAAAUUGAGAAAAACAGCACCAGUCACAUGUGGAGUUCAAAGUAAUGAAAAUAGACUAUUCUAAAAAAAAGUCAAAUGAUGUGUAGCACCGACAUAGAUACAAAAUACACACACUAACAUUGACACGUCGAUACAAUACUAAUAUGUAUCUGUGUCGUGUCAGUGUCGGACACCGAACAUGAUUUGUUCAAAUAUGCCGUUUCAGAAGAACCAUACAAAGUUACAAAUAUUUCUAUCUUUUUGUUACUUCCCCCUUAGCUAUUUUAUUUUAUUUAUUUACUAAUGUAAGUGAAGGUGUUAGAAGAUUAGUAUACAAGAAUAUAAACUCUUUGAAUUAUGUACUCAAUCCUUGUUCAAUAUAAGAAUUGAUCUCAAACAAUCCUCUGUGAUUUUUCUUACCAUACAAGUUUAGACUUAAGAAUCAAAAUCAUAAUAGAAAAGUAGAAAGUAAAAACAAGAAAAUGUUUGCUG